AUGUUUUGUUAAAAUAGAACAAUCGUUAAAAGGGGCCAACCAGUACUUGAUCUUUGGACGACUGAUGCUGUAAAUCAGAGCAGGUAAAUGCUUUUUGAUUUCAUUCUCCAGUCUGAUUUAUACCUUGUGGUUGCCUGUUAAAAAAUCAGUGGAACAGAUAGUUGUCUCCCCUGACUCCCACCCAGUCCCUCCCCCUGACUUCCUAAGUAUAUACAGGUGAGGCCUGCAAGGGUGUGGCUCACUGAAAAAUCUUCCUGCUGCACCUCUGUCCUUUUCGUCCUCCCGCGCUGACAAAGACAGUCUGACUCUUGAACAGAGAACAUUUGGAUUUUUCUACUCUAUAAACAUCUAAAUCUUGAAGUUGGAGCCAUGGGCGGACUGCAGUGCAUCAAAUACCUGGUGUUUGUGUUCAACUUUCUCUUCUGGCUGGCUGGUACUGCGGUGCUGGCUGUGGGUCUCUGGCUGCGUUUUGACACCAGGACGGCAGGACUGUUUGAAGGAGAGGAGUCGCCCACAGUCUUCUUCACUGGCGUGUACAUCCUGAUUGCGGCGGGGGCUCUGAUGAUGAUCGUGGGCUUCCUCGGUUGCUGCGGAGCCAUCAAAGAGUCGCCGUGCAUGCUGGGACUGUUCUUCCUCUUCCUGCUCCUCAUCUUCGCUGUGGAAGUGGCCGCUGGGAUCUGGGGUCUCUCCAACAAGGACCGGGUGGUGGAGGACGUGACGGAGUUCUACAAGCAGACCUACAACAACUAUAAAGACACCAGACAGGAAGCGCUGAAGGAGACCCUGCGUCUCAUCCACUUUGGGCUGAACUGCUGCGGCCCCACGGGAACAGUGAUCGAUGCCGCCAAAGACAUCUGCCCCAAGAAGGAGGGACUGGAGGUCCUCAUCACCACGAGCUGUCCGGCUGCAAUCGAUGACAUGUUCAACACCAAACUGCACAUCAUCGGCGGGGUCGGCAUCGGUAUCGGCGUCAUCAUGAUCUUCGGGAUGAUCUUCAGCAUGAUGCUCUGCUGCGCCAUCAAGAGGUCCAGGGACUUUGUCUGAACAGCCACAAAAACACACAAAAAACCCCUCCGUCUCUAACGUACGUGUCGUCUCUCACAGCCUCUGCUUUUAGAGUUUCUAUCAGUUUAAAUAAUCAUGACAGCCGUCCUUCAGCUCGGAUCCAUGCAGGAUGGCCACGUCGACCUGUGAGAGUAUGGAGCCUGUGUCUUUUUCACAACAAAGUUAAUCGAACAAAUGUGUGUUUUUAAUUUGUCUCCCAUCAUGAAGAACUACAAAACACGUUGAUCAACAGGAACAUGAGACUUUAAUGACUCUGCUGCCCUCUGGAGGACCUUUUUUUUUUUUUUAAAGAUCAUUAACAGUUUUUUUUCCUUCCGUCAGCUCCUCACUGUUGGAUAACUUCAGUUUAUGUAAAGUGUGCUGAGCGCUCCUGUCAUCAGCUUUUUGCAGCUAACUGAAUUUUAUUGUUUGACUCUUUUUUUUUUUUUUUUUUUUACGAUACGUUGCUCCUUUUUGAAGUUACACAUUAGGUGCUUUUGAUUUUUAUAAAAGCAGAAUGUUGGAGUUUUAUGCAAAUAUUUUGAAGAAUGCGGUUUGAAUAUAUCUUUUAAAAUGACAAAUAAAUGAACUAAUAAUCACUG